AUGAAUCCUUACGAGACGUUCGGAUCGCCUACAGAGGACGCGCCAACCUCGAGAUUCGGCAGAGAUGAGGAGGGUUAUGGCCGAUCCAACGAUAACUAUCGUCGAAGAUCACCGCUGAAUGACCGACGUCGAAAUGGACCCCGAAAUCGUUCGCGAUCCCCGAUUGCAAUUGAUCGUUACCAGCCUGGUGACCGAGACCGCUCCGCUAGAGACGACUAUUACAAUGACUCUCGAGCAGGUGCACCUAGAGACCGAGAAGACCGUCGACGAGCACCAUCACCUACAGCUGCCAACAUCGACCGCUAUGUGCCCGGACAAGACGGUGGAAAACCACUUGUACGAAACAAUCCCCUCAAUAAUCCUCUCACAAUGGAAAUGCAGGUAGGCUUCAACUACUUUGCUGAAUGGUGGAGAGUGGAGAACCAGAUUAAGGAGGAGAAAGAGCGUGCAAAACAUGGCGGCCGAAGACCUUCAGAUCGAGUCAAGGGAGAGCGAGAAGCUCGAGAGGAUCGUGAGAAAGAACGAGCCCAAAUACAGGCUGCAUACGACCAGUACAAGAUUGACCUUCAAAUCCGAAUGGCACGAAGCUUUGUUCAGCAGCAUAAAGGUGAAGAAUGGUUCAAGGAGCGAUAUGUCCCCGAAAUACGUGACCCUAUCCGACAGCGUCUGAUGGAAUUCAGGAAAGGCCCGUAUGAGCAGUGGGAGAAGGACAUCGAAAACGGUCUCUUCGAUGAAUUCACUCUGGAAGGCAUCUACAAAAACGAUAGUGAUGGAGCUGGAGGCGUCAUCGAAAAGGAAGAAGGUGAAGCUACUGGGGUUGGAGAAGUCCUCGGCGUGUUGGACCUCGUCCCCGCUCGUGGAGGAGAUUUGAGGGAUGAUUCCGCUCAGCAGCCCGCUUUGCUUAUCAAGACCCUGGCGCCGAAUGUCAGUCGCGAGAAGGUCGAGGACUUCUGCAAAGAGCACCUUGGUGAAGGAGAGGGUGGCUUUAGAUGGCUCUCGCUGAGUGAUCCGAAUCCAACAAAGAAGUGUCACAGAAUUGGCUGGAUUAUGCUGCAUCCUGGUGGUGAAGAAGAUGAGGUCAUGCAAGAAGCUGAAAGAGGAGAUGGGAGAGAAGAAGAAGGCGAAGAGGAAGAAGAAGACACCAGCAAAGUCCUUGCGAAUGGCAAUGCCGGCAAGACCCCCGCCCAAAGAGCUCUCGAACUUGUCAAUGAGAAGGUCAUUGCAGAUCCAGUGCGAGGCGACUUCACAUGCCAUGUUGGUGUUCACAACCCUCCCACCGCUCCAAGAAAGAAAGCACUCUGGGAUUUGUUCUCCGCUCCGGAAAGAGUAGAACGUGAUCUGGAACUCGCAAGAAGGCUAACCACAAAACUGGAAGCAGAAUUCAGCCCGAAUGCAGCAGAAGGCGGGUUGGCGAGAAUCGACCAACGAGUGGAGUACCUUCAGGACAAAGGCUUCCUGCAACCUCCUGCAGCGCCUCCUGCAAAAGCUAAGAAAAAUGCCUUCGUCGACAACGACGACGAGAUAAAAUUCGAGGACGAGGUGGAGGAAGGAGAGGAAGACGAGGGCGCCUACGAUGAGGAGGUGGAUGACGAAGAGCUUAUCAUUGCCAAGAAGAAGCUCGACCUGAUUGUCGAAUAUCUACGUCGCGUGUUCAACUUCUGCUUCUUCUGCGUCUUCGAAUCAGACUCGGUUCACGAGCUUGUUCGCAAAUGUCCAGGUGGUCAUCUGCGGAGGCCGAGAGCGGGUCUCAACAGCACUGCCAAAGCUGCAGCCAAGGCCAGCGCGCUGGGACAGCCUUUUCCAGUGAAGAAGAAGGACAAUGCGGAAAAUGGUGAUGACAAUGUCCAAACAGCGGAAGAGAGAAGACCACCAAAAUUCCAAAACAAGACCGAUCAACAAUUGCUCCGGGCAUUCAACUGGGUCAGAACCUUCGAGGACAAAAUCCUGCAGCUCCUGGAGCCCGAGUACGUCGAUCUCAAAAAACUCGGUGGCAAGCCAGUCGAAGAGGCUUUGGAGGAAGAACUCGCCAAAUUUGUCAAGCAAGAAGACGAAUCCAAGUUCCGCUGCAAGGUGCCCGAAUGCACCAAGCUCUUCAAAGCCGAGCACUUCUGGCGCAAACACGUCGAAAAGAGACACGAAGAAUGGUUCCAAGCUGUGAAAGCUGAUCUCCAACUAGUAAACGCCUAUGUCCUAGACCCCUCCCACAUCGCCCCCUCCCGCUCAGACGCAAACUCCAACGGCCACUUCCCAGUGCCCAAUAACCACAUGCCCGCCGGCACCCCUCGCGGCUUCAAUCUGCAGAACAUGAUGAAUUUCGGCCAGAACGGAAUGAACGGUAUGCCCGGUUUCGCCGGCGGUGUUGGUGCUGGUGGUGGCAAUCCCUUUAUGGGCGCCGGCGCCGGCAUGGGAGCCGGAGGUGCAGGCUACAUGGGUAACGGCGCCAUGACAGCCGGUAUGGACAGCAUGGGCGGGAUGCACAAUCCCGGCGUGAUGAGGAAGGGAGGGAAUCGAUUCAAUUCGCGGAGCGGACCCUACGAUCGCCGAGUUUGGGGGCUCUGUCAACGGCCGAAUGAAUUUGCUGCCGCUGCUGGUGGUGGAGUCGCCGGGUCCAUGGGCGGCGGACCACCCGGCAUGCUGAUGCGUAUGCCGUCCGGUGGUGGCGCGGGCAUGGGAUUUCUGGCCCAAGGCGGCGGAGGCGGCGGAGGGAAAUGGGGCGCGACGGUGCCGGCGGCAGCAUGCCCAGAGAAGCGGUCCAGGGCCGCAGCAUCAAGAGCUACGAGGAUCUCGAUGCCCAACCGAGCCAGGGCGGGGCGGGCACGGGCGCUGCUGGCGCGGGGAAUGAGAGAGACCGGGGGAUGGAGAAUGGGGUGGGAAGCUGGUGGUGUUGUUACUUGCUUUUCCUUUUCUUUUCCUUUUUUUCCAUUCUCCUAG